AUGCUUGCCCUAGGCGACGGCCAAGUGGACUUUGAGGAGUUUGUGACUCUCCUGGGACCCAAGCUUUCUACCUCAGGGAUCCCAGAGAAGUUUCAUGGCACUGACUUUGACACUGUCUUCUGGAAGUGCGACAUGCAGAAGCUGACCGUGGACGAGCUGAAGCGGCUGCUGUACGACACCUUCUGUGAGCACCUGUCCAUGAAGGACAUCGAGAACAUCAUCAUGACGGAGGAGGAAAGCCACCUGGGCACAGCUGAGGAGUGCCCCGUGGACGUGGAGACCUGCUCCAACCAGCAGAUCCGCCAGACGUGCGUGCGCAAGAGUCUGAUCUGCGCCUUCGCCAUCGCCUUCAUCAUUAGCGUCAUGCUCAUCGCAGCCAACCAGGUGCUGCGCAGCGGCAUGAAGUAG